AUGGGUACCGAUGACGCUGCAAAACAGAAAAAUGGCGUUCAUAAAACAGAAAAGCUCGGCGCUACAGUCCUGAGGGCGCGAUGCCCCUAUCCUAUUCCUGGAAUGACGGCGACUUUCCAACAGCGUCUUGGUGCAGAGGUUACGAAACAAUUCCAAGCCAAGUCAAAAAAUCAGCCAGAUGCACUGGUGGCCGCGAUUAGUACUGGUACUGGUGUUGUCGGCCUCUUUCGACCGUUCAUCGACAGCGCAGGAGUAAGACUGGUCGGGGUCGAAAAUGCGGGAGCAUCAUCACUGACCAACGGCCAAGUGGGUGUCCUUCGUGGUACAAAAACGCUGGCGCUACAGAAUGACGGCCAAGUUCUCGACUCUCAUUGCAUUUCCCCCGAUCUAAACAUUUCUGUGUCGGUCCAGAAGUCGCCCACUGGAAAAUCAGUGGUCGAGUCGAGAUAUACACCGUAA